AUGCCAGCAGUUAUGACAGUGUUAGCAGACCAUGCAGCGCAGCAGCUGCUGGACUUCAGCCAGAAACUAGACAUCAACCUGCUGGACAACGUGGUCAACUGUCUGUACCACGGGGUCGGAACACAGGUAAGUCGCGCUCGCACUUGACUUUUUCCCCCUUACUAGCACUGACUUUGCUGAUAGCUACUUUAUUGAGGAAAAAUGUACUUACUAUGACUGAGAUAUGUGGUUGUCCCACCUAGCUAUAUUAAGAUGAAUGCACUAACUGUAAGUCACUCAGGAUAAGAGCGUCUGCUAAAUGACUCAAAUGUAAGUGGUCCAGUAACCACAAAGUUAGUGGAGUUUUGGGUGAUUUUAUAAUUUUGCAAUGAUAGCCGCAUGCCCAGGUGCCUUACAAAGUUUUACUUAUAACUUUUUGGGGACAGACAGAAGAACGGGGGAGAUAGAAGUUAGUAUUUCAGAAAAUAAUGUUUGAAAUUGUGGUGUAUUAACAGGACAGCUUUUCUAUCACACUUUCUCAUUGGUGAGGGGUUUAAGUUGAACUGCAUCUGCCUUUUUAAAUGUGGCGUGUCUGUGCAGGGCAUAAAAUUAACUUUUUGGUCUACCAAAUUUUUUACCAGACAAAUAUAUAUAUAUUUUCCACUAAAAUUACACCAACAAAACACAAAUAAAUGGAUGAGCAUGCUUUGUAAUGUUUCUAAAACAAUACAUGUAUUACUAGUAAGAAGUCAUGUGGUAUAUUUGUAAUUUCAUUUUGUUUAUGACAUGAGUCUUUUAACCAAUAUAUCACAGAUGAGACAAAUGUUCACCUGGCCCUUUAAGGGCAGGGGGUUACCGUGGCAACGUGACUUGUCAUGUUUGUGCCUGUGAGAUUGAGUCUGACUAGUAGAAAAGUUGUCUUCUCUUCCCUAGCAGUUGAAACUCAAACAUAGAAAAACAACCUAGCUUGUGAACAAAACAAUGUAAAUAGCCAAGACACAGAAAGACAAAGUCUCACUUCAGUAGACUUUAGUUUCAAGUAAAUUAGACCAACUUUUAUGCCUGUGCGCAGCGCUUCUAAAAAAUGAAUUUUUCAUUCAGCUCUUCACGUGCGCACAGCCCCCAGACAGGGAGUGUUGCAGUGCGAGGUGGGAUAGGCUAUAGUAGGAUUCCUAGUUCUUUGACUGUGUGCGAUUUUAAUUGACCAGCUAUGAAACAAAUACUUUGAAAACAGCUACUGCAGCAUUUAUUUUUACUAUACAUGUGAUCAUACUUGACGAUUUAAUAUUCACUAAUGCGAGUGUAAUGCUCGCGCUGUGAAGCCUUGACCACCCGGCAACGUGGCUGGUGAAAUGGACAUCCUUACCUGCCAGUGCCAAAAUCUACCCGCAUUUGGCAGGUGGCGGGUGUUCAUUUUAGGCCCUGUGUGUGUGAGAAAGAGUGUGUGCGCCUAUGUUUCAAAAUCUGAUUUCAUCCAUUCCUGUUCCUGCAUUGUAGCAAAGGAUGGCCCAGGAGGUUCUGACCCAGCUGAAAGAGCACCCAGAUGCUUGGACCAGAGUGGACACCAUACUGGAGUUCUCCCAGAACAUGAACACCAAAGUAAGCCAGAUCCUGCAGGGAGCACACACUUGUGGCGGGUCGCAGUACUCCAGCUGUGAGGAAGUUAGGUGCUGGUAGUUAGAACUUACUUGUCACUCAGUUGGUAGAGCGUUGCGCUUGCAACACCAGGAUAGUGGGUUCGAUUCCCAAGACCGCAUGUAUGUGAAAUGGACGCACGCGUGACUAUAAGUCGCUUUGGAUAAAAGCGUCUGCUAAAUGGCAUAUAGGGUAUUGUUACUUACUUAGGCC